GCUAGGCGGGGCUGGGCGGGGCGGCCCGCAGGGAGUACGCCCCGGGUCACGCCGGCGCCCGCGAGCCGAGCGCGGCGGGGAGCGCGCCAUGGACCCCAAAGCGGGCGGUGGCGAGGAGGAUGACUGCGUGGACUCGGGCGCCGAGACCGGAGGGUCUGACUACAGCCACAUGUCCUCCACCAGCAGUGAGCUGUCCGUGGAGGAGGCGCAGGACCCUUUCCUGGUUAGCAUCCACAUCAUCGCAGACCCGGGGGAAUCGCAGCCCCUACAGGAGGCCAUUGACAAGGUCCUGGCCUGGAUCCACCCGGACCUGCAGCUGUUCCGGGUGUCGGAAAGGAGGGCGUCGCGGCGGCGGCGGAAGCCCUGGAAGGUGGCGCAGCCGGCGCUGGCGGUGGUUCUCUUCCUCCAGGAGGAGUACGGCGAGGAGCAGAUCCUGCAGCUGCACCGCGCGCUGCAGCGGCCGCCCUGGCGCCUCCACCACACGGAGCGCGUGCCCGGCCGGUUCCUGCCCUACCUGCCCUGCAGCCAGGACUUCUUCACGCUGGCUCCCGGUACCCCGCUGUGGGCCAUUCGGCCGGUGCACUACGGCAAGGAAAUUGUGCGCUUCACCAUCUAUUGUCGCCAUGACAACUACGCCGACAUCCUCAAGUUCUAUGAGCUGAUCCUCCGGCGCAGCCCCAGCCAGAGGAAGACGGACUUCUGCAUCUUCCCCAUCUUCUCCAAUCUGGAUGUGGACAUCCAGUUCUCCCUGAAAAGACUGCCCUGUGACCAGACCCCCAUCCCCACCGACUCCUCGGUGCUGGAGUUCCGGGUCAAGGACAUCGGUGAGCUCGUGCCUCUCUUGCCCAACCCCUGCAGCCCCAUCAGUGAGGGGCGCUGGCAGACGGAGGACCUCGACGGGAACAAGAUCCUUCUGCAGGCACAAAAGGUGCACAAGAGGAUUCCUAAGGCUGGCAGAAGCCACCACGCGUCGGAGCAAAAACCUCCUUCCAUGCCUUCCCCGAGCACCACCGCCCCGAGCCGGACGCCUGGCAGCAGCCAGCAGCCCCUACCGGACAGCUCACAUCCGGGCCCUGGCCAGAUAGGCCGGCCGACCGGGCAUCCGCAAGAAGCCGCCAGACAAGCCGGCAGCCCUCCCAGCCUCCCCUGGUCCUUCCAGAGAAGCAAGUCCUUGUUUUGUUUGCCCACAGGAGACUCCUUCCCGGGCUCCUCAGCUCUACCACAGUGGUUUUCAAACACAGAUGGCUCAGGGCACAGGGCGACGGAAGGGAGGCACAGCCACCUCCUCUCCAUCGAUGACCUGGAGGGGGCCCAGGAGACCGACGUGGACACGGGCCUCCGGCUGUCCUCCUCAGACCUCUCUGUGGUCUCUGCCUAUUCAGCGCCCAGUCGGUUCUGCAGCACCGUGGAAGCAGCCCUCCCCCCUGAAAGGUGCAGCAGCCACUGGUCAAAGCCUAAGGGUUUCAGAGACGGCCCACUGCCCACCGGGAAUGGGGGGGCCACAGAGACCACCUGGGCUUCCCUCCCUUUCUUCACCAAAGGGCCUUGCAGCUCCUCAGCCCCAGCGGCCGCUGCUGCUCCCCCCACUCAUGGCCCCUCCUCAUUCACAGAGUCCUCCCCAGAGCCUCCCUGUGAUGCUCUCCGCACUGAACAGACCGCGGGCAGAGAUGCCCCACUGCCCCCAGUGCUGGCCGGACCCGUGGACAAUGACAUGGAGGAAUUCUACAUCUGAACACCCUCUGCUCUUGUGUUCCAGACACACAGACUCAGGUCCUACUGCCGCCCUGGGGUCUGCACACCAUCCGUGCGUGCUCUCAGCCAGCCCCCUCAGGUUCGUCGGAAAUCCUUCCGUCUCACGGGCUCACUAGCACAGGUGCCACACCACCCAUUCUUACCUGAGAGGUGGCACAUUUUAGAGACUUGCUGGAAAAACGCUCACAUUUUUUAUGCAAAUAAAUUCUCAAGCUUAAGUUGUAAAAUUUUUUUGAAUACCCAAUUCCUUUUGAGAUAUGGUUUAGUGCAUUUAAUACAAUUUAAAUGCCUCAUAUCAUUAUUUGAAAUGAAAAGAAAACCUAGUCAGCCGGAGCUGAUUCGGCAAUUUUUCAUGCUGUGAGGGAAAAACAAUUAAAGCCAAAAUGUUGAAUGUGGGAAAGCUACUAAGUGACCUGUAUGAGAGAUUAGUGCACAAUAACGUAACGUACAGCUUACUGGAUUCUGCAUACAUAUUUGCAUCACCAGGCAACAGUGGCCCUAAGAAUUUCCAGGUAGUGCUGAUAGUGCGAAAAGUCAGCUUGAUAAAACAGCGAAACACGUAUCGGGCUACGGUAAUGCCUCGCUGUGAUGCCAUGCGUAUCUGAAAAUCUGAAUUUAUGCAAAAGUAGCUAAUAUACUUUAUAAGGAUUUAUCCUGAGUAACAGACUCAUGGUGGAAUCAAAAUAUGAUCUGUGUUCCAAAAACCGGAUUUGCAUCCACUUUUCAACAACACCUCCCUGUAACAAGUGGAGUCUACAGAGGACCACUCCACUCCUGGGAUUUAUGUGGCUCCCUGAGGAACCGCUCACUGGAGUCACAAGAUAACAGGAUAUCGGUCAUAGGAGUAGCUAAGCUUAAGACAGUUGCAUUUUAAAAAACUACCAUCCAAGGGCUAUGUAUAUAUGUAUGUAUAUAAAGGACAGGAGCCACACUUUAUACUGCUCUCUCCAUGCUCUCUCCGGGAAACAUGUAUGGCCACACACCCUGAUCUUUCUGUUUCUAAACAAUUUGCAACCUUUUUCAGUGGCACUUUGAUGGCACAAAUUAAUAAAGGCCCCCAUCUUCUCCAAAUAAGUUUUAUACAAAACGUUGUCCUGGACAGACCCUGUUUCAUCGCCAGCCUUCCACAAGUGCAUAGAAGCCUUAAUUAAAAGCUGGCGCUCUAGCCCAACCUUAACCUUUUCUGCCUGUUUUCUGCUUCUGUCGAAGUAUGAAUGAUAUUUAAAUAGCACCUCUCUCCCACUCAGGGAGGGCAUGUUUACAACCCCAACCUCAGCAGUGCUGAGCACGGGGCACGGUGACGCCGAGCUGUGCCUGCCUGCUACCUCCCUUUGGGAAACAGGAGCAUGGACUUCCUGGCCUUGCUCACUUCCUAGUCUGGUGCUCCUUGCCUCCAUGACUCCUGGCCCAGCUUUCCACACCAGUCUGGAUACAGCCUCAGGAUCCAUUUCAACACUGCUCUCCAGGCAGCCGUGAAGCCUUUGCCAUUCCUGCAGUGAGAACCUUAGAUCCUGCCCCCCACCAUCCAAAUGAUAAGAUUCUCCAUGUUAAGUAAAUAAAAACAUGGUCUCUUUUACUUUUAGGCCAGGAGCAAACAAACUUUCUAGAAAGGGCUAGAGAACAAACGUAGUAGGUUUUGCCAGCCAUUUGGUUUCUGUUGCAAUGACCCUGCUCUGAGCACCGAAACAGCCAGGGGAGACGUGGGAGUGAGCAGGAGUGGCUGGGUUCCAAUCAAAUCUUAUUUACUAGAACAGACAGAGCCCUGUGCUGGAGAGAGGUUGAUCUAGGACCUCGGGCACAGCCAGCAAGAAGGGAUCUGCAUCUGCAGCCCUCUCUGCCACGGGGUCCUCCUGUCAUGCCGGUGACCCCAGGAGCACAGGGCUCAGGGCCCUGAGGGGCUCCUUUGUGCAGAGAUGGUUCUUAGUAAGCCACUAGCCAUCCACCUCCCAUCCGGAAAUGUGACUCAAGGCAGCAGGGGGGUGAAAAACAACAGGUUAAUGUUAAGAAGGAGAAAAAUAACUCCAAGGUGUUGACGCCAACUCGUGAGCAGCAAAGGUCAGUGAGGCAUAAACAAACGGGCCACCAUCCAGUGAUGGCUCCUCCUGGCGUGCCCCAUCCGUGCCCUUAGUUUAGUUUAAUAUACUCGCAUGCACCCCUAGGAUUACUUUGGAACCCAAACCCCGAUGCUCUCCGGUCCCACCCCUUCUUAGUAACCCACCCUCAGCACAGUCCAGUCUACCAACCGAGGGAAGGUCCUGACACCCACUGGGGGAUCCUGACUCUUGGACUGCUGUUGUUGUGAUGGAGGCUGGCCUACAGUGAAUGCUCAA